GUAACUUCUCGGACAGAGGGCUGAGACAGGGAGGAGAAAAUAACACAGAACGACACAGCGAUCAGUAACUCACUGGAGCGCAAGAGGACUGAAUGCGAGCGUGAUGACAUCACAAAGCCCUUUGAUUCCGCUGCUGGUGACGCUGCUGUCGCUAGGCAGAUUUUCAUCAAGCCAGUCGGCAGAUCUUCCUGAGGUGCAGUUUUGGCCGGGUGGUUCUGUGACCCUACCUUGUCUGGUACCGGCGGGCUCCAGUAACAAUACCUCUUUCGAGUGGCAGAAGCAGAGCGUUGCCAUCGCUGGCACGAGCAGAACCACGCAGAACCCCCGAGUGUCAUCAGACAGGAAUCACUCCCUCGCGAUCACAAACUUGACUGGCCAUGACUCGGGCAUUUACACCUGCGUCGUCUCUGAUAGAGAACAGAGGAGAGAGGCUUCCGUGCGUCUGACUAUGGCGCUGUCUGGACCCAUUAUAACUCAGGACCCGGAUUCUGUGACUGGCACAGAGGAGGGAGAGGUCACUGUACCCUGCACAGUGACAAGAUUACCUCUAGGACGAGUGAGAUGGUACAGGGACACUGGCAGCGGCAGACAGUAUCUCUACUCUACAAUCCCUCCAUCCAAUGAGAGAAACAACCCCCGCGUGUCUUUUCUACAUCGAUUUUCCCCCACAGAUGCAUCCAUUCGAAUUGUGAAUCUGACCCCGCGUGACUCAGGAAUGUAUUACUGUGAUAAAUACACAGUGUUUGGUGGGACCCUCAUUGCUAGCGGCGCAGGGAGCAGGCUGAGUGUUCAAGCGCUGUCUGGACCCAUUAUAACUCAGGACCCGGAUUCUGUGACUGGCACAGAGGAGGGAGAGGUCACUGUACCCUGCACUGUGACAGGGGGUCCUCCAGGACCAGUGAGAUGGUACAGGGACACUGGCAGCGGCAGACAGUAUCUCUACUCUAUAGGAACCCCCCCGCCCAACGAGAGAAACGACCCUUGCGUGUCUCAAGUACAUCCAAACCACCCCACAGAUCUCUCCAUUCAAAUUGUGAGGCUGACCCUACAUGACUCAGGAAUGUAUUACUGUGAGAAAUACAGAGGGGAUGAUGGGUCCCUCAUUGCUAGCGGCGCAGGGAGCAGGCUGAGUGUGCAAGCGCUGUCUGGACCCAUUAUAACUCAGGACCCGGAUUCUGUGACUGGCACAGAGGAGGGAGAGGUCACUGUACCCUGCACAGUGACAGGGAUUCCUCUAGGAGCAGUGAGAUGGUACAGGGACACUGGCAGCGGCAGACAGUAUCUCUACUCUACAAUCCCUCCAUCCAAUGAGAGAAACGACCCCCGCGUGUCUUUUCUACAUCGAUUUUCCCUCACAGAUCUCUCCAUUCGAAUUGUGAGGCUGACCCCGCGUGACUCAGGAAUGUAUUACUGUGAUAAAUACACAGUGUUUGAAGGGACCCUCAUUGCUAGCGGCGCAGGGAGCAGGCUGAGUGUUCAAGCGCUGCCUCCACCCAUUAUAACUCAGGACCCAGACCUUGUGACUGGCACAGAGGAGGAUGAGGUCACUUUACUCUGCACCCUGUCCAGAUUGGGUCCUGCAGGACCAGUGAGAUGGUACACGGACACUGGCAGCAGCAGACAGUAUCUCUACUCUGCAGCAUACCCUCAGUCCAACGAGAGAAACGACCCCCGCGUGUCCAGAGUAUAUCCAGACAACCCCACAGAUCUCUCCAUUCAGAUUGUGAAUCUGACCCUGAGUGACUCAGGAAUGUAUUACUGUGAGAAAUACAGAGGGGAUGAUGGGACCCCCAUUGCUAAUGGCUCAGGGGCCAGGCUGAGUGUGCAAGCUGCUCCUGAGGUGACGCCCCCUCCCCGUUGCCACGGAUACAAGCAGGCCUGGCUGCCGUGCUUGGGUGGCCCCUCCCCAUCUGGGAAGGCGAUCCUGGGCGAGUCUCUGUUGGAGUUCUCUGUGAGUUUAUACCGCGCCAUCGCAGACGCCCAGACCAGCCCGCGCAACCUCUUCUUCUCCCCGCUCAGCGUCGCCAUGGCGCUCUCACACCUCCUGCUGGGAGCGCGUGGCGAUACCCAGUCUGCCCUGGAGCAAGCGCUGUUCCUCCCCGCUGAAUUUGAGUGCCUGCACAAGGAGCUGAGCAGCCUCUCCUCCCCCAACCUCCUGACUGCAUCCCAGAUCUACGUGAGGCAGGGUCUUGAACUGCAGGAGUUGUUCAAGAACCAAUCAAAAGAGUUCUACGGGGCGUGGCCUCAGCUACUGUCCAAUGACAGCGAAGCGAACGUGAGGCUGGUCAACGAUUGGGUGGCGAAGCACACGGAAGACAAGAUCAAGCACCUGCUGGAUGACGUGCCAGCGACCACAGAGCUGCUGCUGCUGAAUGCAAUCUACUACCAGGGGAAGUGGAAGAUCAGGUUUGAUGUGAAGAAGACAGUGAAGGAGGGGUUCCUGUCAUUUGGGAAGCAUGUCGUGGUGCCGGUGAUGAAGAGCCAGAGCUACAAACUGGCCUCCCUGCAUCAUCGUGGACUGCAGGCCAAGGUGGGCAGGUUCAUUCUCUCUGGUGGCGUCUCUUUCCUUGUCCUGCUCCCCACAGACCCCUCUCUGGACUCUCUCCUCGCACUCGAGUCCCGGCUGAGCUCCAAGCUCCUGGCUGACGUCGUGCAGCAGCUGAGACAGGCCACCGCCCACUCUACCAUGGUCUCGCUGCCCAGACUGCGGCUGGACGUCAAGACUGACCUGGCUUACAUACUGGAGAAGCUGGGUCUCUUGGAGCUCUUCAACUCCCCGAAUCUGUGUGGGCUGAGCCCCCAGGCGGGGCUGUUUGUGUCGGACGCUCUGCACCGCGCGGUGCUGGAUCUGGGGGAGAGCGGGGUGGAGGCAGCGGCGGCGACCUCGAUCUCGCUGGCCCGCUCCGUGUUCGUGUUCGACGCCCUGCAGCCCUUCAUCCUGGUCCUGUGGGACGAUGCGCUGCGGGCCCCGCUGUUCAUGGGACGAGUCACCGACCCGUCACAACCCAACUGAGGAGCACAGCGACGCAACACACAACAACACAUCACAUAACAACACAACACACAGCACAACAACACACAACAACAUACAACACAACAACACAACAACACACAACACAACCACACAACACAAAGCCCCCGAUUCUUCUGAUUCUCGCAGUUGCUCAGUAGUGUUUUGUCCACGCUAGGUUUCCGCAGACAGACCCGAGUGUCCUUCGCUCUCAGCGGCCCUUCUUUAGAGAACCAGCCGGAGCCAAGCGUCUGUGGAAAUAAAGAAGGUUUUGAUCAUUUCCAAUGUCUGUAUCAUCUUCAGUAUUAAUCACCUGCAGAAGGCUUUUUCUAUGUUGCUUUUAAAUAAAAAAAUAAUAAUAUA